CCAGGAGGAGCUCCUGAGGAGGAGCCAGCCCCAGCGAGGGAGUCUCGGUUUUGCCAAGUGUAGGAACCUCCGAGCGAGCGCUCAGCACUCUGGCUCAGGCCUCAGGGAGACUCUGCAGGGACCCGGGAGCCCCCCAAGGAGCCGGCCCUACACUCUAUGGGGUUGCCGUUGCCCAAGGAGAAGGGGCUCAUUCUCUGCCUGUGGAGAAAAUUCUGUAGAUGGUUCCAGAGACAGGAGUCGUGGGCUCAGAGCCGAGAUGAGCAGAACCUGCAGCAGCAGAAGAGGAUCUGGGAGUCUCCUCUCCUUCUAGCGGCCAAGGAAAACAAUGUGCAGGCUCUCAACAAGCUACUCAAGUACGAGGCCUGUGACAUGCACCAGAGAGGAGCCAUGGGGGAGACGGCACUGCACAUAGCAGCCCUCUAUGACAACCUGGAGGCAGCCAUUGUGCUGAUGGAGGCCGCCCCCGAGCUGGUCUUCGAGCCCAUGACAUCCAAGCUGUAUGAGGACUGCACUGCACAUAGCCAUCGUGAAUCAGAACGUGAACUUGGUGCGAACCCUGCUUGCCCAUGGGGCCAGCGUCUCUGCAAGAGCGACAGGCACAGCUUUCCGCCGCAGCCCCCGCAACCUCAUCUACUUUGGUGGGAGCAGGGCCAGGGCUGGGAGGAAGGGGGAGUGGGGAGGUGGGCAAGAGCCAAGGGAGGGAGGCUGAGGAGGGCUCCAACCCCGGGGAAAGCUGGAAGGGGUCAGACAUACAAGGGCUUAAGGCCAGAGCCAGUUCUCCCCAUGGCACUUGCUCCAUCCCUGCCUCUGGUUCUGCUGACAAGUGUCACCAAGCCCAGAGCUCAGAUGUGGGGGGAAGGAGGCAGUCGCUCAGGGACACUGCCCAUCCCUUUGGGCACUCAUGCCAUGGAGCCCUCUGUGUCCGCAGGGGAGCACCCUUUGUCUUUUGCUGCCUGCGUGGGCAGUGAGGAGAUCGUGCGGCUGCUCAUUGAGCAUGGAGCCGACAUCCGGGCCCAGGACUCCCUGGGAAACACCGUGUUGCACAUCCUCAUCCUCCAGCCCAACAAGACCUUUGCCUGCCAAAUGUACAACCUGCUGCUGUCCUACGAUGGGUGCAGGGACCACCUGCAGUCCCUGGACCUCGUGCCCAAUCACCAGGGCCUCACCCCCUUCAAGCUGGCCGGCGUGGAGGGCAACACUGUGAUGUUCCAGCACCUGAUGCAGAAGCGGAAGCACAUCCAGUGGACGUACGGGCCGCUGACCUCCACUCUCUAUGACCUCACGGAGAUCGACUCCUCCGGGGACGAGCAGUCCCUGCUGGAACUUAUCGUCACCACCAAGAAGCGGGAGGCUCGCCAGAUCCUGGACCAGACACCUGUGAAGGAGCUGGUGAGCCUCAAGUGGAAGAGAUACGGGCGGCCGUACUUCUGCGUGCUGGGUGCCAUCUACCUGAUCUACAUCAUCUGCUUCACCAUGUGCUGCGUCUACCGCCCCCUCAAGCCCAGGACCAAUAACCACACGGGUCCCCGCGACAACACCCUCCUACAGCAGAAGCUGCUUCAGGAGGCCUACGUGACCCCGGAGGAUGACAUCCGCCUGGUGGGGGAGCUGGUGACCGUCAUUGGAGCUGUGAUCAUUCUGCUCGCAGAGAUUCCAGACAUCUUCAGGGUGGGGGUCACUCGCUUCUUUGGACAGACGAUCCUUGGGGGGCCGUUUCACGUCCUCAUCAUCACCUAUGCCUGCAUGGUGCUGGUAACCAUGGUCAUGCGGCUCAUGAACGCCAACGGGGAGGUGGUGCCCAUGUCCUUCGCGCUGGUGCUGGGCUGGUGCAAUGUCAUGUACUUCGCCCGAGGAUUCCAGAUGUUGGGCCCGUUCACCAUCAUGAUCCAGAAGAUGAUUUUUGGCGACCUGAUGCGGUUCUGCUGGCUGAUGGCUGUGGUCAUCCUGGGCUUUGCCUCAGCCUUCUAUAUCAUCUUCCAGACAGAGGACCCCGACGAGCUGGGCCACUUCUACGACUACCCCAUGGCACUGUUCAGCACUUUCGAGCUGUUCCUCACGGUCAUCGACGGGCCUGCCAACUAUGACGUGGAUCUGCCCUUCAUGUACAGCAUCACCUACGCUGCCUUCGCCAUCAUCGCCACACUGCUCAUGCUCAACCUCCUCAUCGCCAUGAUGGGUGACACUCACUGGCGGGUGGCCCAUGAGCGGGAUGAGCUCUGGAGGGCGCAGGUGGUGGCCACCACGGUGAUGCUGGAGCGGAAGCUGCCUCGCUGCCUGUGGCCUCGCUCGGGCAUCUGUGGGCGCGAGUACGGGCUGGGGGACCGCUGGUUCCUGCGGGUGGAGGACCGACAGGAUCUCAACCGGCAGCGAGUGCGGCGCUACGCGCAGGCCUUCCACACCCAGGGCUCCGAUGACUUGGACAAAGGCUCAGAAAAACUGCAGCUGGGCCACCCCUUUGGCCCCCACCUGUCCCUCUCUACCCCCUCCGUGUCUCGGAGUACCUCCCGCAGCAGCACCAACUGGGAGAGGCUCCGGCAAGGCACCCUGAGGAGGGAACUGAGGGGCCUGACCAACGGGGCUCUGGAAGACGGGGACGGCUGGGAGUAUCAGAUCUGAGCGCGCUCCAUCUCGUGGCUGCUGUCCUUUUCCUGGGGCGUCCGAAGACAACACUGAGACACCCAGAGGUCUGCUCUCCCAGGUCCAGGGGGGAAGCAGAAUGCAGUCUGAGGAAGGCCCGCCGGGAACAACCGCCCCAGGUCCCACUACUUGUGCAGCUCUGCGGCGAAUGGAAACCAAGGAGGGAGGUGGCCCUCGCCUCACCCCGCGCACAGGGCUGGUGCCAGGGGGCACCAAGCUGAGUGGCUCUUCGGCCUUACGGAAG